UCUACAGAGGAAGCCCUCUGGCGAUUAGAAUGAUCAGUACCUUGGCACGCUCUCUCUAAUCAAUUUUUACAAAAACAAUAAGUAACAAAUUUUUCGUAACCACCCUCACCAUUAAUAUUAUCAUCAUCAUCAUCUUGAGCCAGAAGCAAAAUCCCAGGGAUUUAAGGAGUGCUGCAAAUUUAUGCAAUGCAUGUUUAUGAAUUAAUGCAUAUCAGGUGAUUCUCUUGAAAGAUCUGUCAUCUUUCUAACUUGGGCUUCUGGGUGCUUUUGAUUAGUUGAUCUCAUCAUACAAAUAAGUCAAAAUCUAUUUGACUAAGGAUUUUUUUGUAUGUCCUGUUUUCCUUGCAAAUUUGAGGUGAUGAUGAUGAUGGUGAUGCAUGGGGACUAGAACCGUGAGGCUUGAAGAUGAAGAUGGGAAAGCAGCAGCUAGCAGAAUGCCAAGUUUUGAUUCUCAGUCGCCCAUUUCCAACAUACUUUAUACAGAGGGUAGCACAAUCCAGACUUAUCAUGUUUGUGAUAUUGGGGCAUUUGAACACUCUGCCGGAUUUUGCUUAGAGGAUGCUGUCAACCUAAGUGGAACAGGUGACCAAGCAGUUGUUUCUGAUCCCCUCCAAAUUGACACUUUUAAUAAGGCACCGACUUCAUUUAACAUAAAUAACCAAGCAGAGACCCAGAGGCUGCUGUUGGAAAAGGGUCAAAAAUUGAAUCUGGUUUCUAUUUCUAGUGGUAAUACAGAGAACUGGGGAGAAUCUAAUAUGGCUGAUGCUAGUCCCAGGACUGAUAUCUCAACUGAUGCAGACACAGAAGAAAAAAAUCAAAGGUUUGAUAGAGGUCAAUCUGCAGCUCUCGUGGCCUAUGAUUCUAGUGAUAGAUCAAAAGACAAAAUGGAUCAAAAGAUGCUUCGUAGGCUUGCUCAAAAUCGCGAGGCUGCAAGAAAAAGCCGAUUGAGGAAGAAAGCAUAUGUCCAACAGUUGGAAAGUAGCCGUUUGAAGCUGACCCAAUUUGAGCAGGAACUUCAACGAGCACGGCAGCAGGGAAUCUUCAUAUCAAGCUCAGGAGAUCAAGCUCAUUCAAUGAGUGGAAAUGGGGCCAUGACAUUUGAUGUAGAAUAUGCACGAUGGCUUGAAGAGCAUAACCGACAAAUCAAUGAGCUUAGAUCAGCAGUUAAUUCUCAUGCAAGUGACACAGAACUACGAAUUAUCAUUGAUGGUGUAAUGGCACACUAUGAUGAAGUUUUCAGGCUGAAGUCCAAUGCAGCCAAAGCUGAUGUUUUCCAUUUGUUAUCAGGCAUGUGGAAAACACCUGCUGAGAGGUGUUUCUUGUGGCUUGGUGGUUUCCGUUCAUCUGAACUUCUCAAGCUUCUUGCAAAUCAAUUGGAGCCUUUAACAGAGCAGCAGCUUGUCGGCAUUGGCAACUUGCAGCAAUCCUCUCAACAGGCAGAGGAUGCAUUGUCACAAGGGAUGGAGGCGUUACAACAGUCCCUUGCUGAGACACUUUCCAGUGGAUCUCUUGGCUCCUCAGGUUCAUCUGGGAAUGUGGCAAACUAUAUGGGGCAAAUGGCUAUGGCCAUGGGAAAGCUUGGGACUUUGGAGGGGUUCAUUCGUCAGGCUGACAAUUUACGGCAGCAAACAUUACAACAAAUGCAUCGAAUAUUAACAACGCGCCAGUCAGCUCGUGCCCUCCUGGCAAUACAUGAUUAUUUCUCUCGACUUCGUGCUCUUAGUUCCCUCUGGCUUGCCCGGCCAAGAGAGUGAAGACCCAAUGUAAUUUAGAUAUUCUUGUGUUGUAGAUUUGAUGUUUAAUACGUAAUAUCAAUCGAGUUGAGACUGAUGAUAGAAUUUGUGUGAAGGAUGUAUUUCUGUUAAUUGUUUUUUAAUUAAAUCAGCACUCUUGUAAGUGUUAUUGUUGCUGUAACCAACACUUCUGUAAUGAAUUUAAACGAUUGGAGCCUAAUUACUCAGUUUUCUUCUUCA